UGGUCAACCAAGAACGCAUCCUUUGCACAACCGCAUCAGCGUCACGCCAUCACCUCCGCACGCGCACACCUCCCCCACCGUCAGCCGCGCGUUCUCCGGCGACCACCACCACCGACAUCACCCAUCUCCCCCGCAGGCCGGCGGCGAUGGCGGCCCGCGGCGGGCAGUCCUACGGGUUCCCGAUCUACUGCGCCGCCUGGCUCCCCCUCGCCCACAUCGUCAAUCCGGACCCUCCCGCCACCGAUGCGGACGCGGAUGCCGCCUCCUCUUCCCCUCCGCCGCCCCCGAUGGCCGCCCUCGGCGGCGGCGGCGGGGAGGGCCGGAGCGGCGUGCCCAACAAGCUCGUCGUGGCCGCGCUGGACCCCGCCGCUGCGGCGGGGGAAGAGGCGGCUCUCUCCCCUGAAGCGGUUGUUGAGGUCAACACCGAGGAGGAGGUGCCGUAUAGGAUGGCCGUCCACCCGCGCGGCGACGGCGUGGUCUGCGCCUUCCCCAACGGAUGCAGGUUGUAUCGAUGGGAAUCACAGGAAGGAGACGAACCACGUAACCUAGCUUUGGAGGCUGACCAGGAAGCAUUAGCGGAGCUAACAGAUGUUGGUUUGCAGUUGGCCGUAUCAUUCAGUGGAGAAGGUUCAAUACUUGCCACUGGUGGUGAGGACGGACAUUUAAGGGUCUUCAAAUGGCCUGCCUUGGAGUCUGUUCUCACAGAAGCUGAUAUUAAAACCUCAAUUAAGGAUCUUAGUUUCAGUACCGAUGAGAAGUUUCUUGCUGUGAAUAGGAGCAGUGGUCCAUGUAAAGUGUGGGAUUUGCUGUCAUCCGAAGUUGUAGCUAAUCUCCCAAGAGAAGCAGGAGAAAUAUUUGGAUUCUGCAGAUUCUCCAAUAAGACUGACAAUAGUAACGUCUUAUUUAUAGCUGCAAUGCAAGGUGACUAUUGGAAAAUAAUAUCUUGGGAUACUACCUCAUGGACAAGAGUUGGAUCAAAGAAAAUAACUCGUGAGGCUAUUUCAGCUUUCGCUGUGUCACCUGAUGGUGCUCUUCUGGCAAUUGGAACAAUUGAAGGAACCGUCAUCGUACUAGGGUCAAAAGAUAUGCGAACACUCAUAACAGUUAAAAAGGCACAUCUUGGCAUUGUUACUACGCUGGGCUUCUCCCAGGAUUCAAGAACCUUGCUGUCAACUUCCUUUGACUCAACUGCAAGAGUGACGUCAGUUGGGUCCCCUAAGAGUAAUGGUUCAAAUGUAUGGCCUAUGAUACUAGUUAUCAUUCUAGCAAUUUUGGUAUACUACUGUAUGCAACACAAGGCAGAGCUUUUGGCAAUUUUGCCGCGUUGAGAUAGAUUUUUGAUCAGGCACAACUGAUAUCGCAUUUACUUGCCUUUGUGAUUACUGAUCCUCAGCUUGAGAUAUAUGCGGUAUUGCUUUAGAAUUGAGCAAUUUUGUCUUAGGUCAACUGUCACUAUUGUAUCUAGGUAAGCGAAACAGCAAAAGGUGUUGAGGCCUUUACCUUGUCAUGCUUGUGUAAAAAGGGGGGGAUGCACUCAUGUUGUCAAAAGUUUUGUAAGUUGAUGGCUGCGAGAGUUGUCUGUAGCUAUGUUUCUUCUUGCUCCAAGUUAGGAGGAGAUUGCCCCCAAGAGUUCAAUAUAGAGAGUUCAACGACAGUUUAUUUUGUAUUUGUAUGCCAAAACAAUUUAUAGACCUAUUAAAGCUGUAUGAAAGUUACUUUUAACGAAGAAAAAAAAUGCAAAUUGCCUCUUGGUGCCUA